AUGGCGGAUGAAAGUGAAUCCGAAGAAAGCGGUUCGGAUUACCAAACAAUAUACAGUUACAAAACGUACAAAGACCUUAAACAACCAAUCACCAGAAAAAUACAAAAACCCAUUACAAAACAAGUACACUUAAAACCAAUGGUCCAACCAGUUAGAGAAAUAAGAAAGGACGUGCAAGAAAAUCGUAGAAGAUCGCCCUACAUGGAGCAAGAAUACAGACGCUACUGGGAUGAAAAACUAAUGUUCCACGAAAACCAAUCACCAGUUCGUUCUUCAGAGAGAUCUUUUCCUGGUUUGUCUCGAAGUCCACAAAGUCCAGUAUUCUGGCGAGGCUACGAAGCUAGAAGCGCCAUUUUACAAACGCCACAUAGACACACGAAAAUACACCAAGAACGCUCAAAAACCUCCCAAACGGUUCGGAACGAAAGAACUGGACUGAAACUCGAAUGGCUAAAAAAGCAGAAAUUUAGAACUCCAGUCAGUGAAGAAUCGUAA